AUGCUGCAAAAAACAGGCCAGGAUGUGCAGUUUACCUCUAGCGAUUUGGAGAUUCAAUUGCGUUGUACAGCUGCUAUUGGUGCAGAUAGCGGCCAAAUACUCACAACUGUCAAUGCCAGAAAGCUGCUGGAUAUCUUGCGUACCAUGCCAGCUGACCAGGUGGUGAGUUUGGAAUCGCAAGAGAACAAAUUGCUGCUCAAAGGAGGUAAGAGCCGCUUUUCCUUGCAAACUCUGCCCGCGCAAGAUUUUCCAUUGGUGCAAGAAUCGACCCAGCUUGGCCCUGCUUUUGAAUUGCCACAAAAAGUUCUGAAGAAUCUGCUUUCUCAAGUUUCCUUUGCUAUGGCGGUGCAAGAUAUUCGUUACUACCUCAAUGGCGUGCUGUUUGUGGCUGAG